UUAACCGUGUUUUUAAAUUAAUGUUUCUGUUUACUUUAAAGUGCAAUUUGAUUUGAGUUUUGAAAUUAACUAGGAUGAUAUAUUUAUUAUUCUUGGAAUAUCUCUUUAAUUAGUUUAUUUGAAGCAUGUCUGAUGCAAAAAGAUAUUCUUUUUCUAAUUUAUAAUAUAUGUCGAGGUGUUCUUUCAGAAUCGGCAUUUGCAACUUUUUAGAUUGACUGAAAAUGGUAGGAUUUGAAAGAACAUCAUCUCAAGGAAGGUUUCAUGAGUUAGACUACAUGACUGCUGGUGCUGUCAGCGGCUUUGUCACACGUACUUUAUUUCAGCCAUUAGAUGUCAUUAAGAUAAGAUUCCAGUUACAAAUUGAGCCUAUAGAUGGAAGUCGUAAAUCGAAAUAUCAUGGCAUGGCCCAUGCUUUUAAAUGCAUUCUUAAAGAAGAAGGAAUUCAAGCUCUUUGGAAAGGAAUUGUUCCAGCUCAAUUUUUAUCUACCACAUAUGGUGCAUUGCAGUUUGUAACAUUUGAAAUACUCACUCAACAAGCGGAAUCCAAUUUGCCUGAGAAACUUCAACAUGAUGCUAAAACUUUAAUCAAUUUCAGUUGUGGUGCAUUAGCUGGCUGUGUAGCUACAACCGGAAGUUUACCUUUUGAUGUUUUGAGAACAAGGCUUGUUGCUCAAGGUGAACCUAAGACUUAUAGAAAUAUAUUUCAUGCAGCAAAAACUAUGUAUUGUACUGAAGGAUUUUUUAGUUUCUAUAAAGGAUUAGCUCCAACAUUGGUACAGAUUACACCUAAUGCAGGGGCUCAAUUUGCUUUCUAUAAAUUGUUUCAAAGUCUUUGGAAUUAUAUGUUCAAGACAGAUGCUAAACCUCCAUCUAUGUUUCAAAGCAGCUUUUGUGGGGCAGCAUCUGGAACUUUAGCUAAAAUGUUUAUAUAUCCCUUGGAUUUAAUUAAGAAACGAAUUCAAGUACAAGGUUUUGAAGCAGCAAGGAUUCAAUUUGGAGCUGUGAGACGUUAUACUGGACUCAUUCAUUGCGCCACUUGCAUUCUUAAAGAAGAGGGAGUUUUAGGUCUAUAUAAAGGCUUAUGGCCUAGCGUGUUGAAAGCUGCCUGUACUACUGGAAGUCAUUUUCUUUAUUAUGAAGAAACUCUAAAGUUUUUAGCUUAUCUUCAUAGGGAAGUUCUAUGAUAUUCAUAGUUUAUGGAAUUCAUAGCCCUGUCAUUCAGACUCUGUCCCUGGCUUAUCAGUGAGAUUGUUUUUUUACGGUUGUUACUACCAUAUCUUUUGAACAAAUUAACUUUUA